CGUCUGUAACGUCUCUCCGCCCAGGGCCACCGUGAGCGCGCACGGCCGCGCGCCCAGAGUGGCCGCACUGAUUAGUGAGGCGAAGAGGAGUUUUUAGCGACCGUCAACGCUCCGUCUGAUUUUUUUAUAACACUCUGAGGCGCUCGGAGGAAAAAUGCACACGUUUUCUGCGCGGAGUUGAGUUUCGCGUCGUUGUUGGGAGGCGGAGAGACGAAAGCGAAUGAGUCCAGUCCAAGUGCGGGGAAUUAAGCGAGGUCUUUGGAGCGACUGCGACCCAUCCUGGGGAGACACGAACAACUCGGGUCUGACGGAGAAUUGACUUCAGUUCGCGUGUGGAGUGGUAAUGUCUUGAACUGGGGGCCGGCCCAGCCCAGCAGAGGACGUGCAGUAGCAGGCGGCUGCUGAUGGGAACUCCUUCUCCACCAUGAGUAUUCGUGGCGGCGUCGGCGGCGUGGGCACGCUGGGUCGGCGACAGCGCUUCGAGAACUCGGAGGUCACGGUGAGGAUCUACCCGGGCGCGUUGGCCGAGGGCUCCAUCUACUGCCCGAUCAGCGCUCACAAGACCACCACAGCCGCCGAGGCCAUCGAGCGCGUCAUCGAGCGGCUGCGGCUCGACCGCACCAAGUGCUACGUCCUCGCCGAGGUGAAGGAGUUCGGCGGCGAAGAAUGGAUCCUCAACCCCAGCGACUGCCCGGUGCAGAGGAUGAUGCUGUGGCCCCGCGUGGCCCUGGAGCACAGGCCCGUGUCGGGCGGCGAGGAUUACCGCUUCCUCCUCAGGCAGAAGAACCUGGACGGCUCCAUCCACUACGGCGGCAGCCUCCAGAUGUGGCUGCAGGUGACGGACGAGCGACGGCGCAUGGUGGAGCGCGGGCUGCUGCCACAGCCCGACCCCCGGGGCGACGUCGCCGACCUGUGCUGCCUCCCUGAGCUCAACGAGCGCUCGCUGCUGGACAACCUGCGCUCGCGCUUCCGGCAGGAGAAGAUCUACACUUACGUUGGGAGCAUCCUGAUCGUCAUUAACCCCUUCAAGUUCCUGCCCAUCUACAAUCCCAAGUAUGUGAAGAUGUAUGAUAAUCAUAUGCUGGGGAACCUGGAGCCACACAUCUACGCGGUGGCCGAUGUGGCGUAUCACGCCAUGCUGCAGCGACAGAGCAACCAGUGCAUCGUUAUAUCUGGAGAGAGCGGCUCCGGGAAGACACAGAGCACCAACUUCCUCAUCCAUCAUCUCACCGCUCUCAGCCAGAAGGGGUUUGCCAGCGGCGUGGAGCAGAUCAUCCUGGGGGCAGGACCCGUCCUGGAGGCUUUCGGGAACGCAAAGACCGCCCACAACAACAACUCCAGUCGCUUUGGCAAAUUCAUUCAGGUGAACUACCAGGAGAGCGGCACAGUGAGAGGAGCAUAUGUGGAGAAAUAUCUCCUGGAGAAGUCACGGCUGGUGUAUCAGGAGCACAACGAGCGCAACUACCAUGUGUUCUACUACCUGCUCGCUGGGGCGAGUGAAGACGAGCGGACGGCCUUUCACCUCAAGACGCCAGAAGAGUAUCACUACCUCAGUCAGAUGACAAAGACAAAGCACCAUCAACACUGGGACAGUUACUAUGAGAAUGAAGCGGACUGCUUCGCCGUGGAGGGAGAGGACCUGAAGCACGACUUCGAGAGGCUGCAGCUGGCGAUGGAGAUGGUCGGCUUCCUUCCUGCCACGCGCAAGCAGAUCUUUUCCCUGCUGUCGGCCAUCCUCCACCUGGGCAACAUCCGCUACAAGAGGAAAGCCUACCGGGACGACUCCAUAGACAUCUGCAACCCAGAGGUGCUGCCUGUGGUGUCGGAGCUGCUGCAGGUCAAAGAAGAGAUGUUGUUUGAAGCUCUGACGACUCGGAAGACGGUGACUGUGGGAGAGAAGCUGAUAGUUCCCUACAAGCUCGCAGAGGCCGGGACGGUGCGUGACUCCAUGGCCAAGUCUCUGUACAGCGCCCUGUUCGACUGGAUCGUCUUCAGGAUCAACCACGCGCUGCUCAACAUCAGGGAUCUGGAGGAGACCACCAAGAUCCUGUCCAUCGGGGUGCUCGACAUUUUCGGUUUUGAGGACUACGAGAACAACAGCUUCGAGCAGUUCUGUAUCAACUUCGCCAACGAGCGUCUCCAGCACUACUUCAACCAGCACAUCUUCAAGCUGGAGCAGGAGGAGUACAGGGCGGAGGGCAUCACCUGGCGAAAUAUCGACUACAUCGACAACACAGGCUGCAUCAACCUGAUCAGCAAGAAGCCCACGGCGCUGUUCCACCUGCUGGACGAGGAGUGCAAUUUCCCUCAAGCCACCAACCAGACGUUGUUGGACAAGUUCAAGCGGCAGCAUGAGGGGAACAGCUACAUUGAAUUUCCUGCCGUCAUGGAGCCGGCCUUCAUUAUUCGACACUACGCUGGAAAGGUCAAAUACGGCGUCAAGGAUUUCCGGGAGAAGAACACGGACCACAUGCGCCCGGACAUCGUGGCUCUGCUGAAAAGCAGCAAGAACGCCUUCAUCUGCAGCCUCAUCGGCAUCGACCCGUCCGCCACCUUCCGCUGGGCCGUACUCCGCGCCUACUUCCGAGCCCUGGUGGCCUUCAGAGAGGCCGGGGGGCGGCACAAGCAUAGGAAGACGGGGCAUGAUGAUGCUGCUCCCUGUGCAGUUGUUCAGAGUGUGGAUAGUUUUAGCUUUCUGCAGCACCCUGUGCAUCAGAGAAGCUUAGCCAUCCUGCAGAGAUGCAAAGAGGAGAAUUACACUCCAGAUCAGAGAGAGCAUGUUGUACAGAGUGAUGAAACUGCAAACGGUGUGACCAGGAGGAGUCCGCGCUCGCCGCUGUCGGACCUGCAGGGCAGCAACACCGGCAACGACAGGUCUCCACGGGCUUCUCCGGGUCGCGGCUGGAACGGACGCGUCGGCCGCCUGCCGUCCGGCAGCUCGGCGGCGGAGGACGACGGCGUCUUCGUCAGCUCUGCCAGCAGCAAACUCCUGGAGCGAGCCCACGACAUCCUGAUGAGGAACAAAAACUACAAAUCGAGACCCCUCCUGCCGAAGCAUUUACUGAACGUCAAGUCGCUGAAGUACCUGAGCAACCUGACGCUCCACGACCGCAUCACCAAGUCCCUGCUGCACCUCCACAAGAAGAAGAAGCCCCCCAGCAUCAGCGCACAGUUCCAGGCCUCUCUGAAUAAACUGAUGGAGACUCUGGGUCAGUCUGAGCCUUAUUUUGUCAAAUGCAUCCGCUCCAACGCUGAGAAGCUGCCCCUGCGCUUUAACGACAACCUGGUGCUGAGGCAGCUGCGCUACACGGGGAUGCUGGAGACGGUGCGCAUCCGCCAGUCGGGCUACAACAUCAAGUACAGCUUUAAGGACUUCGUCCAUCACUUCUGCGUGCUGCUGCCGGACAGAACGUGUGCCAGCAGAGAGGGCAUCCAGCAGUGUUUGGAGCAGCUGCAACUGGACGCAGACGGCUUCCAAGUGGGGAAGACCAUGGUGUUCCUGCGGGAGGCAGAGCGCCAGCGGCUGCGGGCUCUGCUCCACGGGGAGGUUAUCCGGCUCAUCGUCCUGCUGCAGCGGCGCUUCAGAGCGCGGCUGGAGAGGAAGCAGUUUGUCAGGAUGCGAGAGGCGGCCGCGUGCAUUCAGAAAUGGUGGCGUCACUACAAGCCUGUAAACGAAGAGGAGAGGGAGGACGAGGACCCGAAGGUGGCGGAGGAAGCGGCCGUGUGCCUGCAGGCUCACUGGCGAGGGCACAGGGAACGUGAGAGGCUCCGCGUGUGGAGGGAGGCUGCUCUGGUGCUCCAGAGGGCGUGGAGGUCACGGCUCCAUCGGCGCUGCAGAGCGGCUCUGCUCAUUCAGACAGCCUGGCGCUGCCACAGAGCCCGGGCGGCUUACCUGCAGCUCUACGCUGCCGUGGUGCAACUACAGGCAGGAAGCAGAGGGUUCCUCGCCAGACGCAGGUUUGAAAAGCUGAGGGAGCAGCAGCAGCAGGAGACACUGCUGCUGCUGCAGAAUGGCCAGGUGAGUCCCACACCGGAGGAGGAGCCGCCUCGGACCAAUAUGGGGUUAGACCUCAGCCAUGAGACAGAAGCAGGAGAUCCCUCGAGGCCCGAGGACCCCUCUGAGGCGCAGGCUCCAGCUGUGGCGUCCGCCUUGGUGGAGGAGCGGCUCAGAGGAGCGGAGGAGCCCGGCCUCAAAAACACACGAGCCAAGAGAGAGAGCCGGCGCAUGAGAGAGCUGGAGCAGGCCAAGUUCAGCCUGGAGCUGCUGAAGGUCCGGGCGAGCGGGGGCGGAGCCUCGUCCCCGUCGGAGGAGCGGCGCUGGUCCGUGGAGCUGGCGCCGGCGGCGACCCCUCCUCUCUGCUCACCGCAGAGCACGCCCGACAGCCACAGCUCCAGAGGCAGCUUCGAGCUGCUCGACGUGGAGCCGCCCAAGGCCGAGGAGGAGUGCACGGACAUCGAGGACCCCUGCUCCCCCACCCCUUCACAACCGGAGCCCGCUGCGGCAGCCGUUCCAGAGAGCUCCACGUCCGAAGCACGUCCGGCAGGACCGUCUGAGGCUGUUUUCCCGCCAGGCGACCGCGACCGAACCCGGGCCUCUCCGACGGCGGCCUCUGCACCAAAGCAUCCGCCCAAGAUCGAUAACUACCUCCCGACCUUCUACGUCCCCGCUAACGAGGGGAUCAUCUCGUCACUAUCUCAAGCUGCGGAAAAGCCUCAACCCAAACCUGAGGCAGCCACCUCCGGUUCCACCAGAACCUUCAAAGAGCGCGGCUCAAUGCGUGGGUCCACGCGCGGCCCACCGGUGGUGGUGGUCAUCAGCAUGCAGAAAGAAACGCCGCUCAGUGACGAGCUCGACGACGCUGGCCCCUCCCACACAGCGGCCCAGCAGAACCCGGGCCAGGCUCCGGCGCCUCAGGCCGACCUCUCCCUCAUUGAGAAACUGAUGAGGCUGCAUGAGGAGAAAGAGCAGCAGCCCAGUCAGAAGCCGCUGAAUGAGGAGGAGGAGAUGAUGGAGCAGAUCCGUCGGGAGAAGGAGGUGCUGGUGGAGCAGCGGAAGGUCUUCACUCAGUGUGGGAGAGCCAUGUUCAACAAGCACAUGGAGGAAGCGCUGGGCAGCAUCCAGCAGAGCCAGCGGAGCGGCCGAGAGGCUGGAGCGUCCGCAGCCUCCAGCAAACCCAGUCGGCCCAGUUCGCUGCUGAUAGAGAGACCUGCGGCGCCCGUUCCUCAUGCCAGAACCCAGUCGGACUCCGACGCCCCGGCGGUGCUCUCUCCCCCGGCUGCAGACGUCCGCGGCAGCGCCCCUCCCCCUGUCCCUCCAGCCGCUCCCAGAGGGCGGCAGGAGGGCAGACCCCCUGCUGAUGGCUGGGCCCCAAAGCUCACCCUGGAGACCCGCGAAGGAGGAACCAGGGCGAGAGCGGCCAGGCAGCCAGUAGGAAGCCAGGGCACCGCGCUCGGUGGGGCGGCAAAGCAUCAGCCCGGCAGCAUCUUCUUCUCCCCGAAAGACAAAGUGUCCUUCACAAGGUUUGACAGUGACGCUGCAGAAACAGGCCCGGCCUCCCCCAGAGACGGGCCCUCACCGGUGUCCAAGCUCCCCAAAGGAACGAAGCCUCGGGAUGUUGGCAGGUUGGGCCAAAAAAAGAAAGUCCGAAUGGCCCGGACCCGCUCCGACUUCCUGACUCGCCCCUCGGCGGGGGGCGGUUCGGACGAGGACGACUACGGUGACGACGGCCCCCGUCACUCGUACACUCUGCCGCUGCUCAAACAGAGCUCCGUGGACGCAGGCUUAGAGGAGUCCUGUUUCAGUGACUCAGACAUGCUCGCGCAUUCUGAGGAGAAAACCAUCUCCUCAGGAGAUCUGGGCAAAGUGCACAAGAGCUCGCAAGACGGAAGGGUUCGUAAGAUGCGCUUUUGGCCCAUAACCAAGAAUGGGGAAAAGAAGACGUCCAGAGAAAAGCUGCUCGGUGGAACUGAGGCUGGGGAUCGUGAGUUCAGAGAAAGUGGACUUCUGCCGGGUGAAGGUCUGGAGAACACGUCGCCGCCCUGCAGCCCCGACGCCACGCUGGCGUUCAGGGAGCUGAAGGAGAACAAGGAGCCGUCUCCCAAGGUGAAGCGGCGGCGCAGCGUGAAGAUCAGCAGCGUGGCCCUGGAACCGGCUCAGUGGCAGAACGACGCGCUGCAGAUCCUCACCUGCACCAACGACUACAGGAGCAUGAACGACUUCCUGGUAAAGAAGAUCAACGACUUGGACACGGACGACAGCAAGAAGGACACCAUGGUGGACGUCGUGUUCAAAAAGGCUUUGAAGGAAUUCCGUCUGAACAUCUACAACUCGUACUUCACAGCUCUGGCAAUGGACGAUGGCAAAAGUAUCCGCUACAAAGACCUCCAUGCUCUGUUCGAGCACAUCCUGGAGAAGACCAUGCGACAGGAGCAGAGGGACUGGAGCGAGUCUCCCGUCAAAGUGUGGGUCAACACCUUCAAAGUCUUCCUGGACGAGUUCAUGACCGAGUACAAACCGCUGGACGGCACGCUGAGCCGGCAGGCGCCGAAACCCGAGCGCAAGAAGCGGAGGAAGAAGGACCUGGACGUCGUGGAGGAGCACAACGGCCACAUCUUCAGGUCCACCCAGUACAGCAUCCCCACAUACUGUGAAUACUGCUCGUCGCUCAUCUGGAUGAUGGACCGCGCCUGCGUCUGCAAAUUGUGUCGCUACGCCUGUCACAAGAAGUGCUGCCAGAAGACGACCACCAAAUGCAGUAAGAAGUUCGACCCGGAGCUUUCCUCCAGGCAGUUCGGAGUGGAGGUUUCCCGUCUGACCAACGACGAGCGCGCGGUGCCCCUGGUAGUCGAGAAGCUCAUCAACUACAUCGAGAUGCACGGCCUGUACGUGGAAGGCAUCUACAGGAAGCCGGGCGCCAACAACAAGAUCAAGGAGCUGAAGCAGGGACUCGACACCGACGUGGACAACGUGAACCUGGACGGCUACAACAUCCACGUCAUCGCCAGCGUGUUCAAGCAGUGGCUGAGGGACCUGCCCAAUCCCCUGAUGACCUUUGAGCUCUACGAGGAGUUCAUACGCGCCAUUGGUUUGCAGGAUAAAAAGGAAAUGACCCGCGGGGUUUAUUGUGUCAUCGACCAGCUGAGCAGAACGCAGCUGAACACCCUGGAGCGCCUCAUUUUCCAUCUGGUCAGGAUCGCGCUGCAGGAGGACACCAACCGCAUGUCCGCCAACGCCCUCGCCAUCGUUUUCGCCCCCUGCAUCCUCCGCUGUCCCGACACCAUCGACCCGCUGCAGAGCGUCCAGGACAUCAGCAAAACCACGGCGUGUGUAGAACUAAUCAUCUGUGAGCAGAUGAAUAAGUACAAAGUGCGACUGAAAGACAUCUGUACCCUGGAAUUUGCUGAGAACAAGGCCAAGAGAAGGCUGACCCUGAUCCGACGCUCCAAGGGCAAAGGCCACAUCCAGCGACAGAGCUCCUACACAUCCUCACCUCCAGUGAGCCCUCAGCUUCCACCAGCAUCUGAUGCUGUGAUGGAGGGGAGUCGGGUUGAAGAGGGAGCGGAGUCACUGACUGAGGUCUCUGAGCAUCAGCAGACGGUCAUGCAGCACGAGGAGCGGGUGCUGACGGAGCAAAUCGAAAACCUGCAGAAAGAGAAAGAGGAACUGACUUUUGAGAUGUUGUCUUUGGAGCCACGAGCUUCAGAUGAUGAGACCUUGGAGUCGGAGGCCUCCAUCGGUACAGCUGACAGCUCCGAAAACCUCAAUGUGGACUCUGAGGCAACCAUUUGUGACCUCUCUGAGAGACUGACUUCUAGAGCUAUGAAGAGCCCCCGGCGCCACACUCUCCGUCGCCAGCCGGACUCCCUCGACUCCGUGGACUCCUGCUCCAGCGUUUCCUCCUACUCUUCGUCGUCACACUUUAACCCAUCGUCCUCGUCCUCCUCCGCGACCACCCGGCGCUUUCGUUUCCACUCCAAAACGCAGUCCCUGAACGCAGCGCACCCCUCGCAGUCCGACAGCCUGGACAGCCCCACAGGAGACCCCGAAGGCGCGUACGGCGAGAGACCCCAGUUCACCAGCAGAGGCACCUUCAACCCUGAGAAGGGCCGGCAGAAGCUGAAGGCCAGCAGGCACUCGAGGUCGGCCAGAGACGGCGGCGGCGACGACGGCCGCAGCGGCGACGCCGCAGACGUGCCGCAGCAGGUGGUGAUGUACGGCAGCAGUGAAUUCAUGGUAUGAAGGACGCGGAGACGCCAACGUGCUCCUUGUCCAAGCGCCUGUGUGACAGUGACCCGGUGACCUCUGACCUCCACCUCCCUCAGCAUGUUUUCUUAGCCUUUUUUUGCAAAGAAGUGUCCCCAAGUGCCGCGUACGGCGUUUCCGCCUCCAGAGGAGGACAGAUCGGCCGACGGGCUCCUCCUCCCAGGACUAAGAUGCCACUCAUGCUCUCAGUGCCUUGGCAGCUCCUCGCUCAGCCCCAAGAGGAGACGCCCUGAGAUGGAAGACGGAAAAGGGAAUGUUCCAUUCUGAGGCCCUGAAGCCGUGUUACAAUAAAGAAGACGACAACCAGCAACAUCACGGAUGUUGCAGUGAACUUAAAGCUCACGAUAAUUAAAAAACUGCUUUGAGUUGUGGUUUCUAACAAGGUGACGUAGCAGCGGUUGCUCUUGUUACAAAUGUUUUUUUUUUUCUUUUAUUUAAUAAAUUUUAAUGGCACAGAAUUCUUUAUAGCAUAUAAUAUACAGGUAUAAAUACUGUACAAAACCAGAACACCAGUCUCUGCUGGGUAGUUGAAGUCAAAUAUUUAUCUUUUUUAUUAUUAUUAUCCUGGACAGAGUUGUACGGAUUUUGGCAGUGGAUGAUUUACACGUCAGAGUGUGUGUGUCUGUGUGUGCGUGUGUGUGAGAGCAUGUGCGUAGUGCUCAUGCGUGACCUAACGUGCGAGAAAGAAAAAGCACUUGGUUGUUUUUAGUUCGUGCUGCUUUCGUUUCCCCGUUACGGGGAGGAAUAAUGCCAUCAAAGGGACCAAGUCAGCUGGUGCGUGUUCCAGCGAGGGAUCCCAGCGCUGCCACGAAUGUCCGAUGUGUGUGAAAUCUCUGCGUCACUGCUUGACAGCCAUAUAACAGUUGUAAUGUACUGUACAGCUAAGUUUGUGUGUACAGAUGCCAUUGUGUGGUUACCCAGCCCACCUUCACCUUCUGUUCCUAAAGUGUUUGCUCAAUAGCAACUGAGAAAAGCAUCAAA